AUGAAUUUUCAUAAUUCGUUUUUUACCUUGGUAUGGAUGUUUAUCAUCGUAAAAUUAAACGUAUCACUUGUAGUAUCAAAAAUAGUUCCAUUUCAAAAUGGGGAUGCGAGAGAUUGGCGCGAAACUGGAGAUGAAGUAAAUCUUGCAAAAUUCAAUAAUUGGCACUCAAUUGUCAUGGACGAAGAACAAUUGAGAGCAGAUCAUUAUUGUUCUGGAAAAUGUGAUGGUCUAAGUGAAUUUACUACAACCAGUGCUUUGUCCUUAAAAUAUCCAAACCAAUGUAAUGGACGAGUUGUUAGUUGCUGGUUAUAUGAAGAAACUCAAAAACGUAAAGAUGCGAAAUCUAAUUUCGAUAGUGUUCAAUUUGGUACUUUGAUGGUAGCGGGAGGGUCUGAUAGACCAGUAAAUACUGACGCGCUUGAUCAAGCUCUGUAUACACUUUAUCACACUGGAAAUAAGUGCAAAUGCUUAUGUAAUCGUCUUAAUGAUUCUAAUCCUAAUGAUGAUCGAGGCAAAAUGCUCGAUUCUAUUUGUAUAGAUCCCGCUUCAGUAGAUAAAGAUCAUGUCGUAACUGGUGUCAGAUUUAAAAGAUAUGACAAUGUGAUCCACUUGGAGCUUCAACAAGCUGAAUUCAAUAACUAUCGAGUUGUUUCGAAACCGGAGUGGAAAAUUUCAUACCCUUGUAAGGAAAAAAAAUACAUUGAUGAUAUUUCCUAUUCAAAAUUGCAAGAAUCUUUCAGCAUUAUGGCAGAAGAUUUUGUUUUUUCCGAAGAUGCUGUUGUUACAGGUGUGACACUAGGGGAGUCAUUACGCGGAAGAUACAUUAAUGCCAAUGGUAAUUUUGAUGCAAGAAGAGACGAAUUUGAAAGCGUCUCUAAAUAUAUCAAUAUGUGUGAGGCCGGUUAUGAAAAUAUAUGUCUAACUAUUGAACGAAUAAGUCUUCGUGAUUAUAGCCAAAGUGAUCGAAAUCCACGUGUGUCUACCGCCACUAAAGAGAAUUACGAACGCAGUGAGUCAUGUAAAACUCGGAUAUUUUUCCGGCAUACUUCUGCAACUGAAAAUGACAUACAAGCCAUUGUUCCAUACAUUGAUUUACAAGAAGUAAUAACCGUCCCACCUGAACCAAUUCGUGGAGUUGGUUGGUAUCUUCGCGGUUUUCCUGGAUAUGGAGGAUUUCUUGCUCUCAAGAUUUUCAAAAAGGUGUAA